AUUAGUUUCCUUUCUUUUUUGAGGACAUGAAAACAUGGAAAUUAAUUGGUUGCCAGUGCUAUGCAAACUCCCCUUCAAUGCCUCUGGCAGUCUGGCACUAUUAACUGCUUCCCCCCGCCAUUCACCUGCUGUAGCUUUGGCACAUGUAUCUCCUGUAACAAGGUGCACCUUUAGCGUUAGGAGCAUAGAACCGAAACACCAGACUGUUUGCCGUUCUGGACCUCAGGGUUACAGUUCAAGCCGUAAAGUUAAGCUCAUUGAAGGCUCAAAUUCAGGGGCACCGGUCCCAGUAUGCUACUUAGAUUUGCAGUCUCAAGGUCUGGACCAAUAUCCUAAAAGUAGAAGGCAGGUCAGUACUUUGCACCAAUAAGAGUAGUCAAUUAUCUGCCUAUAUAUUGUCAAUAAUUAGGAACCAUUAGCUCAUAAAUUCACAGAAUUGAGAGCACACACAAAUUUUGGCGAUAUGUACAUUUGUAUGCACCUUACAGCUUCAUUCUAGUACUGUUCUUGAUCAUAUAAUUUAAAUUGUUAAUUGUCAUCCCAUGUAGCUAAGCUGUUAAGCAUAGUUAUAAUUGUGAAAUACGCUUGCUUCCCCUGCUCAAAUUGUCAUCAGUAGUAGAUCUUUUGCGUUCUUUGUAUAUAAAUUUGUGAUUAGGUC